CUUUGGUCGCUUUGCAUGCACAUGUAAUCUCGGCACCAAGUCGGCGAAGUUUCGUGGUAGCCGGGUCGGGUUUGGUGCGCGUUCGUUGUUGCAGCUUGCCCGUCGGGGUCGGUCACCUUGCGGUAUUCGAAUUUUCUUUGUUCAAACUUGUUGGUUACCGAUCUUCGCUCCAGCAUGGCAGACGACGAAAGUAUCUUCGAUCCAUCAUUGAAGAAGAAGAAAAAGAAAAAGAAGACUCCUUUUGACCCCAGUGCAUUGGAAGAUGGCAGCGCAGCUGAUGUGGCUCAAGCAGAGAAUGGCAUUGAAAAGGAGGAUGCUGAAAAAGAGAACCGUGAGGAUAAGGAUGAUGAUCCCACUCUGGACUUGGAUGACUUUUCUGGACUGAAAAAGAAAAAGAAGAAAAAGAAGCCAUUCAGCUUAGAAGAUAUGGAUGCUGCACUUCCUGAAACAGAACCAAAGGAAGAAUCGUCUGUUGCGGCUGAUGAAGAUAGGGACGAGGAGCGGGAUGGCGCUUUCGAUGAUGAUUUGGACUUCAACCUUCCCAAGAAGAAAAAGAAGAAGAAGAAGAUCACAUUUGAUGCGGUUGAUACAGAAAGUGGUGCAGCUGGAGAUGACGAAAAUGAUGAUACAACAUUUGCAGACGAUAUGGACACCAAGUCGAGCACCACCAGCAGUUCCAAUACGUGGUCAGGCAGUGACAGAGAUUACACGUAUGAUGAGCUUUUACAACGAGUGUUCAACAUUAUGAGGGAGAAAAACCCAGACAUGGUGGCUGGUGAGAAGAAGAAACUGGUGAUGCGGCCACCUCAGGUACUGAAGGUGGGCACCAAGAAGUCCUCUUUUGCCAAUUUCCUGGAGAUCUGCAAGAUGUUGCAUCGUCAGCCCAAGCACGUGCAAGCGUUUUUACUAGCAGAAUUGGGAACGAGUGGUUCUGUGGAUGCAAACAACCAGCUAAUCAUCAAGGGGAGGUUCCAGCAGAAGCAGAUAGAGAAUGUGCUCAGGCGAUACAUAAAGGAAUAUGUGACAUGCCAUACGUGCCGGUCUCCAGACACCAUUCUACAGAAGGACACGCGGCUCUUUUUCCUUCAAUGCGAAAAGUGUGGCUCGCGGUGUUCGGUCGUGAGCAUCAAAUCUGGUUUCCAGGCUGUUACCGGAAAGCGUGCAGCCAUUCGAGCCAAGACCGCCUGAGAAGCUUGCCCACUCCGUGUGCUGUCUAAUAAAAGUUUUUUUUUU